CACAAACAUGGCAAGAUGCGGCAGCAGUAAAUUAUGAAGAUACAACAAUGAAAAGAAUUAGGAAAGACGAAAUUCAGUCGACAGUUAUGUAUUACCUGAGGAAAAGACAAUUUAUAGCGAAAGAUGUCGAAAGUUUGGGGAGAAAAGAUCUGAAGACGAGGCAAUCGAUGACAGAACUUGCCGUUCAUGGCUCGGUGGCAUGCGAGUCUGGGGAGACAAGCGUGGUGUGCUACAGUAGUGUUAGCGGAGAUGCGACGCAAUGUGACCAGCAGUUCUCCAGAUUAAAGCAUUUCAUCGGUGAUGCAGUGGAGCCGUUUCGUUCUGAGUUGGUGGACGUCCUCUACCCAAUGUUUGUGCACAUAUACUUGGAGUUAAUAGGAAACGGACAAAAAAUUCCAGCACAAAAAUUCUAUAGUCGACACCAUGGGCUGUUCACGGAAGAGGAGUCGUGUAAGCCUACCAUCAGUGCCCUCUCUCAAGUGCUCACCAGCUACGAUGUGAACAAACACGAAACCGUGAAGGCCUUUAAACGGAACAAGUACAAGGUCACCCUCUCUGAUGACGCAUUAGAGUACUUGUUGAGAUAUCUCAAGAGUGAAGACAAUACGUUAUUGCUGCAGAUUUUCAACCUUCACAUUCAGAUCAAAGUUUCACAGUCAACGAUGGAGGAGCAUGUUCCAAACUGUGAUCUUCCCCCAUUAGGUCCCGAUGCAAGACACCAGCUCUCACCGCCGCCGGUCGCAGAUACAGGUGGCAGCACAAGCAAGUCAUCGCUGCAGGCACUCGAGCAGUCCAUACAGCAGGUGCGGGAUGGCCCGCCCUGUAUGCCGUCUGUCUGUCUCUACACCUUCCAUGCUACUGCUAACAGUCUUAGCACGGCUUCCCUCUCACCUGAUCUCUCGAUGCUUGCCGGAGGAUUCGAAGACUCUUCCAUAAAGGUGUGGAGCCUCAGUCCGAGGAAGUUCCACCGGAAUCCAACCGAUGUGCAGAGAAUCCGGCUGGCUUGCGACAUUCCCGAUCCGGAACCGGAAGAGAACAGGGCCGACAACGUGACACUCAGGGGGCACUCUGGCUCCGUGUAUGAUGCUCAGUUCACACAUGAUUCCAAACAUCUACUCAGCAUUUCUGAGGACACAUCAGUGAGAUUAUGGGACAUGAACACAUUUAUCAAUACGGUUGUGUACAGAGCUCAUGAUUAUCCUAUUUGGUCAUUAGAUAUAAGUCCACUCAGCAUAUAUUUUGUUACUGGUUCCAAAGACGCGACAGCGAGGUUAUGGAGCUUUGAUCGGACGUAUCCCCUCAGGGUAUUUGCUGGACACAACUCCGAUGUAGACUGCGUGAAAUUUCAUCCAAAUUCCAACUACAUUGCUACUGCGUCUGUGGACAGGACGGUGCGACUGUGGAAUGUACAGGAUGCAAAACUGGCGAGGGUUCUGCGUGGGCACCAGGGGUCGGUGUUUGCACUUGCAUUUAGUCCGGAUGGACAUUACCUUGCUUCUGCGGGCGAAGACCGGAGAAUUCGCAUUUGGGAUGUUGCCGCUGGUACUCUGUAUAAAGAACUGAAGGGUCAUACAGACUCUGUCUACAGUCUCUGCUUCAACAAGCUCGGAUCUAUGCUUGCAUCAGGUGGAAUGGAUAAUGUUACCAGAAUUUGGGAUGUCAGAAUGACAACCAUAAACACUGUGCCAACAGAAGGCUACUCGUCGGCAGAGAUGAUCGGUGCUUUUCCGUCCAAGUCCUCCAACAUUCUGCACAUGCGCUAUUCCACCUACAACCUGCUGACUGCCGUGGCCGUCUACUCGUGACGGCAGGGGGGCCGCCGGUGCUCAAGGUAUAGAGAGCGUGCAAGCCAUCAUUGCCACGAAGCAGCUAAGCACUAUGCACGGACGAUAAGCGAUGCUUCAGCUGCGGGAAGCCUUCGAAAAAUCUCCGUGAUUGCAUCGGAGUACCCAAUCGGAUGUUCAGAAUGGUGCGUUGACGUUUGGUGCGUUCAGCUUUCAACGACUUUCGGCGUGUCACGUUUGUAUGUUGAUAAAAAUGUCCAUGCUCUGCCUUCGGUUGCAGUCUACCUAAGCAGUGUCCAAGGCAACGAACAUUUAAAUCAUGGACUGGUGUUAUAGCCGCAGGAACUAAGUUUUCGUGUGAUGAAAAUCGAUGAGUCUAGUACAUGGCUGGCUGAUAUAUUAGGUAUUACUGAAUGCUGACCACGGCAGUCUCUUUGUACAGAGAUGUGUAAUUAUUUCAAGAUUACUGUGGACAGGUGUAGAUCUGUUUCAACUGGUACCACCAGCAGCGUCUCCUGUUACCCCGAAAGUGCGAGUUGUGAUAGACCUAUAAAAACUUUCGUAUAUAUAAACGUCAAGUACCUUCAAGUUGCUAUGACUGCACAAAGAAAACUAUUUUGUACUGAACCCUGUUAUAGUUGUUUUGUAAAUAUAUUGUUAUAUAUGCUUAUAAUAAUGAUUAUA